UUUUCCCUGCGGUGAUAGAAAGUUGUUUCUUCUUCGUAUAAAUACAGCAAACACAACCUCUACCGUCAUCAGUUACCUGCCAUGUCGCUCAAGAUUGCUGUCGUCGUUGCCUGUGUGGUCGUGGUUGUGUUGGGUGAUCAUCCACCUCCUCCUCCUCCAGUGUCCAUCUACUCCGACCCUCCUCAGUACCACCCUCCUCCACGCUACCACGCCCCUGUUGAAACUUACCCUGACGUCCCUCCCAAGUACACUUACAACUACGGCGUCGCUGAUGGCUACUCCGGCGCCAACUACGGUCACUCCGAGAACCGCGACGGAUACAAGACCGAGGGCAGCUACACGGUGGACCUCCCCGACGGCCGCCAGCAGACCGUUACCUAUGUGGACAAUGGCGACGGUCUGGAGGCCGUGGUGACCUACGAGGGUGAGGCCCAGUACCCCGAGCAACCUCCCUCUUACCCCAAACCCUAUGCAUAAGUUCACCUCGACUGCCGACUUUUUAAUGCACAUGUCCAUUGUUGAUCCUUACUGGCUUGAGGAAAAUACGUUGUUUUAGCUUAUUUGUUCGACACAUCUUGUGUGCCAUACUAGCAUUUUCACUAAACGUUAAAAUGUA